CUUUCCGUGGAGAGGCUUGAGAAAAAAAUGCCAACGCCCAAUCGGUAAAAGCUCUUCUUGAUUUUAUUAGAAAGAGAAUUAAAAGCGAGAAAAUGAAACAUCCGGUGGCGGAGGCGAACGAGGAGAGCCCGUUUGGGUCUCUGACUCCCGACGAGUUCUACACGCGCCACUCCGUCGCUCACGGUUCCGAGUUCAUCACCAAUUCCCGCGGCCUCAACAUCUUCACUCAGUGGUGGACCCCACUCCCUCCCGUCGAGCUCAUCGGCGCCGUCUGCGUCGUCCACGGCUUCACCGGCGAGUCCAGCUGGUUCGUGCAGCUCACCGCCGUUCACAUAGCCAAGCACGGAUUCGCCGUCUGCGCCAUCGACCACCAGGGCCACGGCUUCUCCGACGGCCUCGUCGCUCAUAUACCGGAAAUCAAUCCCGUCGUCGACGACUGCGUCUCCUUCUUCGACUCCUUCCUCGGCCGCCAUGUGCCGCCGCAUCUCCCUUCUUUCAUCUACGCCGAGUCUCUCGGCGGCGCAAUCUCUCUCCUGCUCACUCUUCGCCGGGGCGAUUCUGCCCCCAAUCGAUCAUUCCACGGCGUCGUUCUGAACGGUGCGAUGUGCGGGAUCAGCAAUAAAUUCAAGCCGCCGUGGCCGUUGGAGCACUUGCUCGACGCUGCUGCAUUCCUGGUACCCACCUGGCAAGUGGUUCCCACGCGCGGCUCUCUACUCGGCGUCUCUUUCAAGGAAGAAUGGAAGAGAAAAUUAGCGGCCGCAAGCCCUAGGAGGCCUACGGCGAGGCCGCGAGCCGCGACUGCGCGGGAAUUGUUGAGGGUGUGCAGAGAUCUGCAGGGGAAGUUCGAGGAGGUGACGGUUCCAUUUCUGAUUGUCCACGGCGGCGACGACGUGAUCUGCGAUCCGGCCUGCGCGGCGGAGCUGCACGCCCGGGCGGCGAGUGAGGACAAGACGCUGAAUAUCUAUCCAGGUAUGUGGCACCAGAUGGUCGGCGAGCCGGAGGAGAACGUGGAGCGUGUGUUCGGCGACGUGGUGGAGUGGCUGGUAACUAGGGCUCAACGCGCCGCCGCCUGCAAAAGGCCGGCAUAAGACGGCGAGUGGUAGGUAUUGGAGCGGGUGAGACACGUUCGGGACGUGGGCGGAAAUGGGAAACGCAUUUGAUUGCGAAUUUAUUUAUUGCCCCUUUACUUUUGAGAAUCCAUGAAACCCACCCCCUUACUUUUCUAGAUUUCGAUCACUUCUCCCUUACUUUUGGAAAAUCAUUACAAGUUGUGUUCAAAAGAUACUUUGUUUUUGAAUCCAAAUUUCCAAUGAGAAUUUUUAUGGAGACUAAUUUUUAUUUUUUGAAGCAUUAGAUUCACAAAUUAAAAAGACAAUGUGGAG